AUGAUGUACUCAUUCCCAAUGUUUUACAUGCUUGUUAUAACUGCAAUGGUCAUAACUACUGAUGGACAGAUAAACCGUUACAUAAAUCCUACAUGGCUGGAAAUGGAUGCUAACAGUGAAUACUAUCCUGGUGGCGAAGUAAUAAGUCAAAUUCUUCAAGCUUACGGUUUAGGAGAUAGUUAUGGACCUUCACGACUUAGAUCAUCCGUUCUUGAUCGGAAUGGUUACGGGAGAUCUUAUCCAAGAAACCGAAUUAUAAACAAUUUGAACAAUGCAUAUGACUCAGAUCCUUUACUAACUCAGGAAUACGUUGAUCGUAAUUAUGAUUAUGUGGACAACACAAUCAGGGGUUCUAACCUUCGGUAUAGGAAUAGUUUGGUCGAUAUUCCUCGGAGAACUAGGAUUAAUAUGGUUUCUGCGCCGAGGACUACUUAUUACCCAGCUGAUUACGUAGACCGAGAUCCUCCAUCACUAUCUUACUCUAGGUCAAGAUCAGCAAUCGGAGAUCCGUCCAUAUCGCAGGAAUUAUUAGUACGGGGCCGAGAAACAUCGAGACUUAUCCCAAGAUCCACUGUGGCAACCGAAACCAACGAAAAACGCAAAAUGUAG